UAUAGUAUCGAACGUCCUGACAAAACUAGAGGCAAGGUUUGUUCAUAAUAGUGUUUUAUUAUAUUUGCAAGUUUUUAAUUAUCUAAAUAAAUGGUUCUACUUGUUUCCACAUAGUCAAAUCCGAAAGAUAUAGGUAAGUAAUAAUAUUCUUAUCAUCACAAAAAUAACAAUAUAUUUCACGUGGACGGCUUGUUUAUUAUACUGGAUAAAAUUGAUCAAGUUGAUUAUAGAAAGUUCCUGCUGAACACAUUAAGAACUCUAAAUCAAUUAAAUAUUGAGAACGCAUACGUUGAAAAUUUCCACUUUAUUCGCUUAUGACUAGAAAUAAACAAAACUCACGAAAAAAACAAUGUUCUUAAAAGUCAAACGUUAAUAAGAGUCAAAAACCAAAGGCUUGACCCGCACUGAAAAUGUUGCACAUGGAUCAUGAUAUAAUAGUAUCACCAACACUCAAACUUCACAUCCAGAAUUUUUGCUUAAUCCCAAAAGCUUUCAAAAACAAUAAUCACGUUUAUAUGGAAAAUACAUCGCAGGCGUUCAUGUCUCAGAGUUACCUUAAUUCUCAAGAAACCGCUACACAGGCAACAAAAGAUUACCUAGCUUCACUCCAUUCGACCAGAAAGCAACCUUCAAAGCCCUUGAAGAGACCUAUAUCAUCGCCUUUGAACCCCAUGCAUCCACACGUUUACAGAGUCGAGCCAGUAAACUUCAAAGAGUUGGUUCAGCGUCUGACUGGUGCUCCUGAGCACGAGCCUGUGGCUAACCCGUUCAAGAGUUUGGAUGAUGCAGCAAAGGAUAGUUCUCCAUCCUUCGCGUUUGAUCUAUCAUCGUCAUCAUGGGGAGACUUAUCACUUCGGAAUCCUGCAAAUAUCUCCAGAUGGUAGCUUAUAUUUUUUUAAUCUCCUUUUUCUCUUGCAGAUGCUUCCUUUGAUUGAAAUGUAUCAACAAAGAAAAAACUAUACAAUAUUAAUAAAGAGUGCCUUCAAAAAAUAUCAAUAAAGAAAAAUAUAUGUUUAUAA